AUUGCUGAGUGAACAUUCGCCAAAAUGCAAAUAAAGAAAAACUAACGAUAAACAAACAAACGGCUCGGUGUGUUAGCGAGGGUUGUAUUGUAGCCCUUAACUGCUGUUUAAUGACCGUACGUUCAGUCCAGUCCAGUGUUCAGUUCUAUCGCACCGGUUCCUAUCACGCGAUCGUUUUUUAGGAAAGAAACAUUCUCUUGCUCGAUCGGUAACUAGCAACAAAACGCGUGUUGCGACAACACACGCACACUUUCACACUGUUAAGUGGUGUCGUAAAUUGCGUGGAUAUCUCACAUUUUGCGCCGCGAUCUUCUGCUUAAUGGUGUCGAGAAACCAGUCGUCCAAGAACAAUAGUUUUCAGUUGAAAUUGUCGCCCUGAAGUUGAAGCCGGAUAAUGCCGACAGAGUACGGAACAAUCGCGAAAGUAGCGGCCGCCGUUGUGCUCCCGCAGCUCGGUGGAUUCGUGAACGGGUACAUCACGCGCCAGGAGAUCAGGGGCUGGUACCAACAGCUGACCUUCCCAUCGUUCCGGCCGCCGAACUGGGUGUUCGGUCCCGUGUGGACUUCUCUCUAUGCCGGCAUGGGAUAUGCCUCAUACCGGGUGUGGAAGGAGGGUGGCGGUCUGGAUGGCACGGCACGCAUUCCACUGAUGCUAUACGGUGCUCAGCUUGCGUUGAACUGGGCCUGGACACCGAUCUUCUUCCGGUACCAUCAGUUGAAAUGGAGCGUCGUCGAGAUAUUAGCCCUGACCGGUACGGUUGCAGCGACCGGAGUGGCGUUUUACGGCGUGGAUCGGCUGGCCGGCCUGCUGUUCGUGCCAUAUUUCGCCUGGUGCACCUUUGCCAGUGUCCUUAACUACUACAUGUACAAGCUAAACACGCCGGCUUCCAAAACAACGGCCACGAUCGAGGAGAUUCACGAUCCGGCCAAAAAGAAGUGAAUGCUUAGACCGUUUAGACCGGCCCUUGGCAAACAUUGGUUAUGAGUCAUUUCUUAUAAUCAAACAAAAUAACGGAAACUCACGUAGAACGUAACGGCUGAUUGGUUCGGCUUGCAAUCAACUAUCUAACAGGAAGGAACUAAAUGUUUUGAGAGAUGAAACACCGGAACGAAGUCGACCGGCAAUUAUUUCGUCACGUGUCCAUGUGUUCAUGUCUCAGCGACGUAUUGCGUAAGCGUGGUAUAGAUUUAUGCAACUCGAUAAAAGAAUAUGCAUAUUUACGUAAUAUGUUCUUAUUUUUCUGCAACUCGACUCAGGUAUAUGCAUUGCGAAAUAGUCGUUGAUAAUGGUGAACACUGAUUUAUGAUCAAAUGUUUUUAUGCGCCCUUUACAAGCACAGUUUGAUAAAUGGUUAAAUUGUUAAACACGUAAAAAGUUGAAGCUUUAUCAUUCCAUAUUUGUUUAUUGUGGAAUGUAACCGUACUUGUAAUUUCUAUUUU